UCGCGCAUGCGUGUUUGGAAUCGGCCCCCGGUCGCUCCGCCAUCUUUGUCGGCAGCCCAUUGUUCACUCCGAAGCUAACAACGGUGUCAAAUCCCUCUACAUCUCGUAUUAAAGUAUCCUGACUGUGUCACCGACAGCUGACUGUGACCGUCGUGGAUUUGCUCACAAGGUCGCGACUUGUUUUCGGCCACUAAGUGAGACAGAAUGGACGACGAGCAGCCGAAAACCCUGUAUGUGGGGAAUCUGUCCCGGGACGUGACGGAGGCCCUCAUCUUGGAAUUGUUCAGCCAGAUUGGGCCUUGUAAAAGCUGCAAAAUGAUAGUAGAUACAGCAGGUCACGAUCCAUACUGCUUUGUGGAGUUCUAUGAGCAUAGACACGCCACUGCUACAAUCGCAGCCAUGAAUGGUCGGAAAAUACUGGGUAAGGAGGUGAAGGUCAACUGGGCCACGACCCCAACGAGCCAGAAGAAAGACACGAGCAGUCACUUCCAUGUUUUUGUUGGAGACCUCAGUCCAGAAAUCACCACAGACGACAUAAAAGCAGCUUUUGCUCCUUUUGGAAAAAUAUCGGACUGUCGCGUUGUGAAAGACAUGGCCACAGGUAAAUCUAAAGGCUAUGGUUUUGUCUCCUUCUUCAACAAAUGGGAUGCAGAGAACGCCAUCCAGCAAAUGGGGGGCCAGUGGCUAGGAGGACGGCAGAUAAGGACCAACUGGGCCACGAGGAAGCCUGCUCCUAAAACGACAAAUGAAACAGCCAGUACCAAACAGCUCUCCUUCGAUGAGGUGUUAAACCAGUCCAGCCUCAGUAACUGCACAGUCUACUGUGGAGGAGUCACACAAGGUCUCACAGAGCAAAUAAUGAGACAGACCUUCUCACCUUUUGGCCAAAUAAUGGAGAUCCGUGUUUUCCCAGAAAAAGGCUACUCCUUUGUGAGGUUUAACUCCCAUGAGGCUGCAGCUCAUGCCAUAGUUUCUGUAAACGGCACCUCCAUAGAAGGCAACAUAGUAAAGUGCUACUGGGGGAAAGAAACGACAGACAUUGCACAGGGCCCCAUACAGCAGGUACAGAUGGCACAGCAGAACACGCUGAGCUUUGCAGCCCAACCCUACAACCAGUGGGGCCAGUGGUACAGCAACACGCAACAGAUCGGUCAGUACGUGCCCAACGGAUGGCAGGUGCCAAGCUACAGCGUCUACGGACAGACCUGGGAUCAGCAGGGCUACAAUCAUUUACAUGCAGGAGCUGGAUGGACGGGCGUGGGCGCCGUGAGCAAUGGGGGCAUGGUGGAGCCUGGGCAGGGAGUCAACGGGACAAUGCUAACCAACCAGGCAGGCAUGAGCACCACUGGAUACCCCACCCACUGAUCACAGACCCCCCUCCCCCCUCCCGCCCUCUCUUAGUGCCCAAGGACACCAGGAUUACACUCUGCUGGGGGAAGGAAGGAGCGCAUCAGACGUGCUCUGACUGUCACACCACAAAAAUUACUUCUAGUGAAGCUGGUCUGCCCUUUUUUUUUUUUUUUUUUUUUUUUUUUUUAAACCAGCCCAAAGCCUCACCCACUGCCCAAAUCAGUAGGUUGAAACAUGACUGUACACACGUUAAACACUGAUAAAGCCACCGCUAAUGCACAUUGCA